AUGCCACAGAAUCAUUGCAGACAGAACGUUUGGGAGGUGUUGUAGAAGAAAGGCAAAAGAAACCGAGUAAAUGAGAGCACUUUUUGUACAGAUUAUUGAAGGAUUUAUCAGCUAAAUAAAUCGCCGAAACAGCUCAUUAUAAUGCAACGGACACACUAUUGAAAUCCUGUCCAGGCCCAGCCACAGCCAGAGAUGACUGGAGCACAACGCACUGCUGGCCCAGCCACAGCCAGAGAGGACUGGAGCACUAUGUGCUGCUACCAGUACUCAGAGCAUGUGGGACCAACUGGCAGGUUUCAUUUUCAAUCUCUCCCUGACCGAGUCUGCAGGAACUACAUGUUUCAAUCAGACCACCAUAGUCCCUGUGCCCAAGAAAGUGAAGGAAACUGGUGAAAAGGCGACUACAGGCUCCUGCCCUGGACUGAGUGAAGGACGCUUGGGGAACAGAGCUGUGUCUCUCCCUGUCAGAACCCUGGACACACUAACCUGCCCACCAACAUGACCGAUGUGGCGAUAGUGAAGGAGGGAUGGCUGCACAAAAGAGGAGAAUACAUUAAGACCUGGAGGCCCAGGUAUUUUCUACUCAAGAGUGAUGGUACAUUCAUUGGCUACAAGGAACGACCACAAGAUGUUGACGCUUUCGAAACCCCCUUAAAUAACUUCUCAGUAGCACAGUGCCAGCUGAUGAAGACGGAGAGGCCCAAGCCCAACACAUUCAUCAUCCGCUGCCUGCAGUGGACCACUGUCAUCGAGCGCACCUUCCACGUGGAGACCCCCGAGGAGAGGGAGGAAUGGACGAAAGCCAUUCAGGCUGUAGCAGAUGGCCUACAGAAACAGGAAGAGGAGAUGAUGGACUCCUCCCCAGACCCAAUGGACAUGGAGAUGUACCUGACCAAACCCAGACUCAAAGUGACUAUGGACGACUUUGAAUACCUCAAACUCCUCGGAAAAGGUACUUUUGGCAAAGUGAUCCUGGUGAAGGAGAAGGCCACAGGACGCUACUAUGCCAUGAAAAUCCUGAAGAAGGAAGUGAUCGUAGCGAAAGAUGAAGUGGCACACACACUCACAGAAAACCGAGUGCUCCAGAAUUCCAAGCAUCCGUUCUUGACAGGCCUGAAAUACUCCUUCCAGACCCAUGACCGGUUGUGUUUCGUAAUGGAGUAUGCGAACGGCGGAGAGCUGUUCUUCCACCUCUCCCGAGACCGGGUGUUCUCGGAGGAGCGGUCUCGGUUCUACGGGGCGGAGAUAGUGUCAGCGCUGGACUACCUGCAUGCUGAGAGGAACGUGGUCUACAGAGACCUGAAGCUGGAAAAUCUCAUGCUGGACAAAGACGGACACAUAAAGAUCACCGACUUUGGACUGUGUAAGGAGGGGAUCACAGACGGGGCCACCAUGAAGACCUUCUGUGGGACACCUGAGUACCUGGCCCCAGAGGUACUGGAGGACAAUGAUUACGGUCGUGCGGUGGACUGGUGGGGUCUGGGCGUGGUCAUGUACGAGAUGAUGUGCGGUCGGCUGCCCUUCUACAACCAGGACCACGAGAAGCUGUUUGAGCUCAUCCUCAUGGAGGACAUCCGUUUCCCACGUACCCUGGGUCACGAGGGCAGGUCCCUGCUCUCCGGCCUGCUCAAGAAGGACCCCAAGCAGCGGUUAGGUGGAGGACAGGAUGAUGCUAAGGAGAUUAUGCAGCACAAAUUCUUUGCUGGGAUUGAAUGGCAAGAUGUUUAUGAGAAAAAGCUGGUCCCGCCCUUCAAGCCCCAGGUUACCUCGGAAACAGAUACACGGUAUUUUGACGAGGAGUUCACAGCACAGACCAUCACUAUUACACCGCCCGGACAAGAAGACAGCAUGGAGUCGUUUGACAGCGAACGGAGACCCCACUUCCCACAGUUUUCCUACUCUGCGAGUGGAACAGCCUAAACACACCCCUUUAUUCCUCUGGUCCCACCAUUUCCCCUCACCCCACCAGACUGCACAUCCAACUACCAGGGGUUUCGCCACAUCCUUUCCUUACUUCACCAGUGUUUCAGAUAGUAUUGUUGAACAGACAUUUGCAAUCUGCAGGUUCGGUAAUUAUAUGGGAAAAUACUCCAUACUACACAAAUGAAAAACCACUGAUUUGUUUCUGUGGCCUUUUAAGACUUUUCUAAUGGUGAGAGAGAACACUACAGUGCAUUUCCUGCUAGUCUUGAUGUGUGCAGUCAGACAAGCUUGAUGUUCAUAAAACCUAAUUUAUAGGAAAAGAGUGGUCAUGCAGCGAUGUGGUAUAUGAAUUUAGAAUGAUAAGGCUACACGUUCUUAAACUUUUGUCUUGCUUUUGUCAGCACCUGUUAUAUUUGUCACAUACUAUUCACAAAGUGAACGUUUGCCUGGAAAAUGUUACGGGACCAUAAGGACUAUAUUGGAAUUAGCCAUUUAAAAUUGAAAUGUAUUUUGCUGUUCUUUGUUUAAAGGGGCGAUCUGCAGUUGUUACAUACAUUUUUUUCACUCAUGAAUAAAUGAUAUGUACCCAUUGAUUCUUGAAGAAUAUAACUUAUGAAUGCCUAAUGAACUUAGUUGAACUGUCAUACCCUAUCACAACCCACAAUAUAAGAUAAUUUACCUCCAAAGUUUGUAAACAAACACUUAUAUAGCCUCACACUAUGGUUAAAAUUAUCAUUUUGGAUAUGAUGGCAUCCAUAGCUCUGUCUAUGAAUUUUAGUGGUUCCAUUUCUCCAACCCAUCCCUCAGCUUUUUACAUAAACAGGGAUGGGGAGAACGCUUUGUUUCAACUGCUGAUUUCCGCUUUAAUACCAAUAAAUAUUGUGGCCCAACGGCAAUAACAAUAGAUGACCAAUGACUUCGUUUUCAAUGAAGUGGGAGAUUAGUCUGAUAUUGAUUUUUUUUUUAUCAAGACUUUCACACUAUCACUAUUUGACCAACACUUUGAAUCUCCUUGGGCUGCCAGUAUACCUAAUCAAUAAAAUGUAUUAUUCUGUAUAUCUAACUGUUAGUAGAACAUGGUUGAUUCUUAUAGGACUUCCAAUGCUCAAAAAACAUUCUUAUCAGAAUUUUAAAGCCCUAAAACAUUAGAGAACAAGUUGAGAAUUACCCAAUGGACCACUGUCAGUCUAAUAGAGAAAUGAUGUAAUAGAGUGGCAGAAAGGGGAUUCGCAGAUACUUAAAUAACUCUUAUUCUGGGGGCAGGCAUAAUCUAAAUACAUUAAAGCUUGCUGUCAAUGAAUCUCAGAACUGUGUACACAUGGUCAAUUAGAUAUCCAUUUCCUGUGGUCCCAUUGAAAAGACAGAGUUACUCUAACCCCCCUGGACUAUCAUGUGCUUGGAUUGUGGUGCCUCCCUGUCUGCAUGUUGUAUUCCAAACACUCUAGGCUGCUUCCCUCUGAACUUGCCAGUCAGGUACUGAUCCUUUCUGCCCAAUCAGGGAAUCUUUUCUCUCUUCUGGAUUUUCCUCUUCUACAGUAUUGGGUGUUUUUCUCCCAGUGUACUCCCUGCAGCCUCAAUGAGGUCACUAUAACAAUAUAGUCCUUUAGGACUUACUCCAUAAAGAAACUGGGCUGUGGUUCAGGGGGAAACAAGUUGAGUCAGCUUUGAUCUCUAUAGGUAGGGAUGUGUUCCAUUCCUCUACAUGGCUCUGAGUUGUUAUUUAUAGAAAACCAGCAAUGAAAAUGGAUUUGACUGUGCCAAUGAUAUGCACUUUCCUGCCCCAAAACAUGUAUGUAUGUAUUUGUACACUUGUACUUGUUACACUUUGCUGUCAGAAAUGACUGAAACAGCACCUCUCUAGACAUCAAUUAUGAAAGGUGUGAACUAUGAAAAGAUAAUUUGCGCAAUUUACCCCCAUAUACAGAUUGCUGUAGAUAAACUGGUAAUCUUGAAAAUGGAACACUGUUCUCCAAUGAGUUUCCAGAAAAUUCUGCUGUGUUUUCAGAUGACUGAUAAUCACAAUACAAAAGUUAAUCAUACAAAUGAAUGUAACAGCUUUUUAUUUUUAUUUUCAUAUCAAUUCCUCUUUCUCAAACAAUUCUUAAAUUGUUAGAUCUGAUUGUUGCUUAAUCCUAUGCACACUCAUCAUUUGCUGUCACCCUCUGAAAAUAGGGAAAUGCAUUUUAUACCUUUUCUUUUUAAAACUUUUUUUGUACCUCCUCUUUCCUAUUCCUGAGACUGAGGACACCAGCUUUAGUAAAUGAUAUCCACUUUGUACACUGUUUUUACUGUUUUUUUUUUCUUUCAAAUUGAUUAAAUAAAAGGUCUUAACUAAACCUGCCAA